UCACACCCGACCACGUGGCGCCUACUUUUGCGGCAGUGGGGACGGUGCAGAACCUCACGACGGACACCCAGCGCUUCACGCUGCGGCUGCCCGUGGCGCUGAGUGAGGCCGGCACCAUCAACUACGCCAUCUACCGCAACAGCGCCUGCAUCUCGGGUAGCGACCAGGUACCGGUCACCACUAUCUUGGCGGCAUCGUCCCUCCCAGCCGCCUCUUGUGGCUGCUCGGAUGCGACGGCGUGCCAGCCUGUGGCCUGGGGCAACGUGACGCUCUCGGGCUCCCAGCUCAACGACACCCUCACCAUCAGCGGCCUGCUGCCGCCCAAUCCGUAUAGCGUCCUCAGCGGCGCGCCACAGGACCAGCUCACCUGCCGUACCG